UAAUCCGCUUUCAGUCCCAUUAAUUACCAAGUUGGUGCAUGUGAAUCGUGAAACGAAUUAAUACGAUGUCUUUUCUUUACACAGCUGGAUGGCUGGCAAAAUUAUGAACAUUUGAUGCGAUUUUUUUUCGCUCGAAAGUAUGUAAGAGUAAUUACCUCAAUCCAUCACUAGAGGUUCAAGACAGUUCUUUGAAUACAAGUACCCACUAAGUUUCAGUACUCAACAAAUCAUUGAAUUCAGUUCCUUAUCUAAUAUGAAUUCAAGAUCCAAGGCAUUUUUCUUGAUAUUGCUCGCAUUGGAAGCGAUAAUUACGACUCAAGCCCAAGCCCAACUCACUUACGAAUAUGAUGUGACAAAACAAUUGGAUGGCUGGAUCUCCAGUUUAUUAAAAAUUACCAAGGAAUCGAUGAAGAAACUAUUCAGCAGGAUAUCAACAACAACAUUAAACGAUUUUAGUUUCGAUAUCGGUCAUGACAUCCCACCAUUGGGCAACAAGUUUCUUUUUCGCGAUAUUUACAUGAACGUGAGCGAAUUUAGAUCGCCCCAGCUUGACUGGAGAUUUUCCGAAAAUAAAAUGAUCGUAUUUUUGAGAGAAUUAACCGUUCGAAUGUUCGGAUGGCUUGUGAAACCAUACAACGCACCUUAUACCGGAUUUGAAACGCAUCUAGACUUGGAAAACAUCUCAUUCACUUUCGCCAUAAAUGCUGAUGAGAACAUUUCACAAGACUUCAGUCCAGAUAAAAGCUGGUUAUGGUACCACGGCGAUCUAAACUGGGAAGUGCGUUUUCACAAUUCAAGUGACAACGACGAACCGCCGGAAAACAGAAGGCAGGAAUUGGAAGAAGCCCUUUUACCCCCAGCUGUCGCUCUGCUGCGUGAAAAUUUAAACCAAAACCCGCAAUUUGCCAAAAGUCUAAGAGCCAUUUUCGCAGUUUACAGCGACCGUAAAAAAUCUCUCGUUGAAAUGUAUCCUGAUUUAUUCACCAUGCCAGAUAAAUAUUACUACCUUAUCCCGAAAAUACCGUUUUUCUGUUUCAAUUUGAAAAAUGUUAUCGUCCAAGGAUUAUGGAACCUGGAAUCGAUCAAAGUCGACAAAGGAAAUGGAGCGAAAAUCGUGAUAAAAGACAUUCGCGGAAGCUUGGACUUGGAUUUUGGCACUCCUUCGCAAGAAAAACCACUCGAAUUAAAAUUUAACAUCGAUCACUUCUCUUUGUCGGUACAAUAUGAGACAUUUGUAAGUGUAGAUGCGAGAUGUUACAGCGUUAAUAGAGCCAAUUCGAUAUUACCCUAUCGACAAUCCACUCUGAUCAUGCAGCGGAUCGAACUGGCUAUCGCUCAGUCGCUAUUAUCAUUUAAGGAAGUUAUCUGGUCCGAAAAUCAACUAUCCAAAAUUCACGACAUCGAAUUUCCAAUAAGAGAAAUCUUGAAUAAAAGCUUGGGCAAAUCCGAUUGGCAAGCUUUCAAACAAACGCUCAGAGAAUGGAUACCAUUCAACGAUGAUUACAUCGGCAACCAGACUGAAUCAUACAACUAUUAUAUUUCAUUUCCAAACGUGACAGUUAAUCUCAUUUCGAAAAUUCCUUACCCCGAAGAAAUCCAAUGUGAAUUUCCCGAUAAUCUGACAAUGACUCAUGAAAUUAAGGUUAAACCAAUACGAAAGCUACGUUUGAGUAAUAAACAAGGGAAUGGAAUCGAUAUAAAUUUCCACGCUAAUGUCACAUCCAUUAGUUUUUCUCAAAUCAAGCCCAAUGAAACUGAAGGCAACGGCAGCUGCGAAUUUCAAAUAUAUAAUAACGAAGAUAUCAGGGUCCAAUUACUGCCAGAGAAAAACACCAGUCUAAGCAAAGAUGAACUGGAACUGAAGCAGAAAAUCGACGCGACGUUGAUUUCGAUGGCGAAGGAAAGGGUUACUCAAAACAUCAAGUCUGUGGUUUGUUUUCCAUUCAAAGUAUGCUCUCAAACGAAACGAAUGGUCGACGGAUUUUUAAUACGUUUCGUCGACAAUGUAUUGGAAAAAUGUUCGUUGCAAAGAAUCCCGAAAUGAAGAAAAUUCAUCACAUACCCGGAUGAUAAUUUUUCGUCAAAAUUCUUGGAUGGAGACUCGCAAAAAGACAAAUUGAAUUUAAAAAAAAUAAAUAAAUAAUUUGGCAUGCUCACAAGAAAAAUUUCCACACAACAGAAUUAGGAAGAAACCAGGUAAUGUGUUGCAAGGGUUCUCAAUUUUGGAAAAGAAUUUCAAAUUGAAAAUUUUAAAAGCAUAAUUGGUGAAUAAAUUCUCCCUCAACAAAAAAAUUGAUGAUCAACAGAACUUUAAUGUUUUAAAUUUGUAAAAACUUUCAUUUUCGAAAAAUUGCUGAAAUUUUGGUUCGGAAACUUUUUUUUUUGGGGGGGGGGGAGUGUUUUUAAUUACAAGAUUAUUACACCCGAAAGGGGGGGGGGUUAUAUUUGGUUUGUGAGGUUGAUAUUUUUUAUUAGGGAGAUGAAUUUUUGUAUUUCAGGGGGUAAUUUUUUGGCCCUCAGUCAGUGCUGAGCACUGAUUCAAAAAGGCUUCUAUACCUGGCCAUAAUAAAGCCAAUAUGGAUUUAUGGGAUCGCACUUUGGGGUUGUGCAAGCAAAUCCAAUGUAGCAGUCAUCCAAAGGUGCCAAAAUGUAAUACUUCGAAAAAUGGUGAAUGCUUAUCGCUACGAGAGGAAUGACGCUCUGCACCGCGACCUCCAGAUUGAAACAAUCGAGUCAGAGAUUCGAAGAUACGCCAUGAGGCACGAGGAUAGGCUGUCAAGGCACUCGAACCCAACUGCCAUCGAGCUGCUGGAUAAUUCUGAAGAUAUCCGAAGAUUGAAAAGGUUCAGACCCUCGGAUCUGCCAAUACGCAGGCUGUGAAUAAAUAGAAAGAAAAAUACCAGACUUGCUGAGGGAUAUCGCAUCAGUGGACGCGAAUCCUCGUACCUAGUGAACCAAUUGUGAAUGGCGCAAAUAGAUGCCGCUCUGCUGGCAGUUGUUGUGUAAAUUUAAAAUAAAAAAAAAAAGGGGGUAAUUUUCAAAGAGCUUUCGCCCUCGCUAUGCUAGUUCCAAUUUGAUUUCAUUUUUCAAAAUUAAAAAAUUGGAAAAACAAUCGUUCAAGUGUCAGAAAAUAAAAUAAAACCCAGAAAUUACGCCUGAUAUUGUUUUGCAUUAUUUUAUCGAAAUUUACCCCCUUGCAAUGUGUACUUAGGUUGAUUUAAAAUAAUUCAAUAAAGAAACAUUUUCCAAAAGUUUUGCGCCUUCGUUUUGCCCUGACCCAGGUCUAUUCUAAGAAUUUUUGCAUCUACACAAAGUACCUGCAAAAAUCAAAAAAUUAUCAUGUCCCUCCCUUCCUACCUAAAAACCGUUGAAAAUUUCGUGUAAUUCUUUUGAAAAAUCAAAAUAGAAACAUUUUAAAUCUAUACGUAUUUGAUUAAAAAUCAAUUAUUUUAGUUGAAUUCCACCCCUCCCCUUCCAACUCCGAACCAGUCGUCGAAUGAUUUUUUGUCCAAGUAGAGAUGACCUGUGUUGACUUCCCUGAAACGUGCCUAUUCUAGAAAUCGAGAGAGCAACUACCUUUUGCAAACUUUGAUAUUUCUGACAGAAAUUUUUGAUAUAAUUUUUUGAAACAAACAAAAAUAGUGAAUUCGAAAAAAGCUCAUCUUUCAAAUUGAUGGUCAGCUACAUUGAAAGUUGAAAUUUGGUGACUUUGAAGGCAUAUGAAGAAAAUAUUUUCUUCUUUUGAAUUUUCAAAGAUGAAAAGACGAAAUAAAAGCACGAAGAAAACCAAACAAAGAGCCAAUUUUUGAUUCCAGAACCAACCCUGUGAAAGAAUUUCUAUUCAUCUUCUAAUUUACAAUUUUUCGAGAGCUUUUGCCACAAUUUAGUGGCAUAUUUCGCUCCACCUUUUUUCAAUUUACUAAGUAUUAAGUCAUAGAUGUUUGAGGUUCGUUAAAAGUUGAAAAUUCAACUUCAAUAAUUUGUAAAGUUGUGCAUAUGUAAAAUAUAAAACUAUUAAUCAUA